AUGGCGACUGCAAAUUCUCUGGAACGGGAUGGGGUGGUACGAGAUGAUACAACGGGAGAGGUAUUUAUCCCUGCCUCAAGACGACCAGAUGGAACCUGGAGAAAACCUCGGAAAGUCAAAGAAGGUUAUGUCCCUCAGGAAGAAAUGCCUGUGUAUGAGAAUAAAGGUGUGCAGUGGAUGAAGAGUAAACCAAGCCUGCCCCCUGGGAUGUAUGUGGAUGACACCAAACCAGAUACUUCAUCCAUGUCAAAAGCUGCCAAGAAAAAUGCCAAGAGGAAAGAAAAGAAGAGACAGCAGCGAGAAGCUGAAGGGGUUGAUCAGGUCUCUCAGUCUGUGGCUAAAAUAAGCUUUGAGGAACAGAUGAACAAAGUGGUAGACACCAAUAAAACUGCCGGUGAUCCUAAGGCAGAGGCCAUGAAGAAAGUUAAAAAUCUGAAGAAAAAACUGCGACAAAUAGAGGACUUAGAAGCAAAAGUAGACUCUGGUGAGUUAAAGCCUGCUCCAGAGCAAGUUGAAAAGAUCAGCAAAAAGAAAGCAAUACAGGCAGAAAUUGAUGACUUAGAACUUAAGUUUGGGGAUUGAAAGUGCAGAGGAUAAAGGUGAUCAUUUAUUAGGAUUUGAUUUGAAUAAAACUGAGCAGGUGAAUUAUCAAAUUAUCUUAUUCAUGACAUUGGGUUUAUAACAUGUUAUACAGACCAGGUCAUAAGGAAGGAGUGCUAACUCAUGACAUUGGGUUUAUAAGAUGUUAUACAGACCAGGUCAUAAGG